UUUGAAAUUAUUGUUACGAAUAAAACUUGUUAGUUGUGUUGUUAUUAUCAUCACCGGCUGUUGUGUGAAGAUGGCGUGCUAUCGGUUUGUUGUAACGAUCCUCGUGUCGACGAGUCUCCUUAUCACUUCUACUGAAGCUCAAUGUGGACCUAACGAAGUAGAAAGAAAAGAGACAGAUAACAAAUCGGAUAGCUGCCCAGUACCCGAGGGACAGCCGCCCAAUAGCCCUGCUAACAGCGAGUCGAACUGUGUUUGCGGUCUAUUGUUCAAAAGAGCUGCAAAUGGAACUUGUAUACCAUCUCGAGAGUGCCCUCCUAUUCCAUGUGGUGAAAACGAAGAGUUCGAUUCUUGUCCAGUUUGUUCAGAGGACUGUUCCAACAAAUCGCCGGAUGGUAAACGAUGCAGGUUUUUUGGAAAAAUAGGAAUUACUGUGAUAUGCCAACCAGCGUGUCGCUGCAUUGCCAACUACUGGAGAGACCAAUAUAACAAAUGCGUACCCUUUAAUAAAUGCCCUCUAUGUGGACCUAACGAAGUAGAAAAGAAAGAGACAGAUGACGAAUCGGAUAGCUGCCCAGUACCCGAGGGGCAGCCGCCAAAUAGCCCUGUCAACAGCGAGUCAAACUGUGUUUGCGGUCCAUUGUUCAAGAGAGCUGCAAACGGAACUUGUAUACCAUCUCGAGAGUGCCCUCCUAUUCCAUGUGGUGAAAACGAAGAGUUUGAUUCUUGUCCAGUUUGUUCAGAGGACUGUUCCAACAAAUCGCCGGAUGGUAAACGGUGUAGAUUUUUAGGGAAAAUAGGAACUACUGUGAUAUGCCAACCAGCGUGUCGCUGCAUUGCCAACUACUGGAGAGACCAAUAUAACAAAUGCGUACCCUUUAAUAAGUGCCCUCAAUGUGGACCUAACGAAGUAGAAAGAAAAGAGUCUGGUGACAAAUCUGAUAGCUGCCCAGUACCCGAGGGACAACCGCCCAAUAGCCCUGUCAACAGCGAGUCAAACUGUGUUUGCGGUCUUAUGUACAAAAGAGCUGCAAAUGGAACUUGUAUACCAUCUCGACAGUGCCCUCCUAUUCCAUGUGGUGAAAACGAAAAGUUUGACUCUUGUCCAGAAGUCUGUUCAGACGACUGUUCCAACAAAUCGCCGGAUGGUAGACGGUGCAGAUUUAUAGGGAAUGCGUUAUUUACUGUGAUAUGCCAACCGGCGUGCCGCUGCAUCGACUACUACUGGAGAGACGACUGUGGCAACUGCAUACCCUACGAUGAGUGCCCUCAAACUUCAGAAGAAUAAACGCAACUCAUAAUGUUGCAUUUACUAUUUGCAUCACAUCAACAUAGCUUACACAUUAUUGUCAGUGAAAUGGAUUUAAGGAAUAUCAAAGUUUUAGAUCAUUCUGAUGUAUUUUCAAAUACAAUAACAAUUUGGUACAGGUUUAUAAAUGUAAAACAAUAAAAAUGAAAAUUUAUAUUAAUAAAAAAUUAAAUUAUCCAACAUUC